AUGAGCUCCUCAUACGCAGUGCUUUUUGGAGUCGUCGCCGUGGCCGUUGCCUUCGUCGCUCUGGUGGCAGCUGAGCCACCGCUGAACAAUGCGUAUCUGCCUCCGUCCUCGUCGUCGGGUGGUAGACCCUCCUCCAAGUAUGGCGCACCGCCGGCCAGCUCCUAUUUGCCACCCGCUUCGGGUCCGGCACCUUCGUUCAAUUCGCGUCCAGCUCCGUCCAGCAGCUACUCAGCUCCCCCAGGCGGCUCCUCUGGCGGACCAUAUCCGGCACCCGCCCACCGUCCAUCCAGUUCGUAUGGUGCACCAGCUCGACCAGCCCCACAGCCCUCUUCCAGCUACGGCGCACCGUCUCGACCAGCACCACCACCGUCCUCUAGCUAUGGUGCACCACCAGCACGCACAUAUGGCCCACCACCACCGCGGAAGCAGCAAUCACGUCGUCCCUCGUCGAGCUACGGUCCACCCAAGGCAUCGCCUCCAUCGCAAAGCUAUGGCGCACCCGCACCACCAGCACCACCUGCCUCCAGGUACGGCCCACCCAAGUCGCCUUCCAGCAGCUAUGGCGCACCAUCUCGUCCAUCCUCCAGCUAUGGAGCACCCAGCGUGAGCAGCUUCCUGCCCUUGCCCUCUGCUCCCUCGACCAACUAUGGCGCUCCAUCCAAGACUCAGGUUCUGGGCAGCAGCGGCUACACCUCUGGACCAGCGGCACCUGCACCACCUUCGACAUCAUAUGGCGCGCCUUCAAGCUCCAGCUCCUUCCAUCCCAUAUCGCCACCUUCUUCCAGCUACGGUGCCCCGAGCAGCAGCAGCAGCUCCCACUCAUCGUCCUCAUCAUUCAGCGCGCCUUCCUCAUCGUAUUCCGCGCCCAGCCCAAGUGCCAACAGUGGUGGUUCGUACCCCGCAGCGCCAUCCAGAUCAUAUGGUGCGCCUGCUCCGUCCAGCUCCUACUCAGCACCCAGCCCCAGCGCCAACAUUGGCGGAUCUUAUCCGGCAGCUCCUUCCAACUCAUACGGAGCACCCAGCUCAGGGCCUUCCAGCUCCUACUCGGCUCCUAGCCCAGGCUCAAACGCUGGUGGACCUUAUCCGGCAGCUCCCUCCAGCUCCUAUGGUGCACCUGCUGCUCCAUCAAGCUCCUACUCGGCGCCAAGUCCCUCAGCAAACAGUGGUGGCUCCUACCCAGCAGCUCCCUCCAACUCAUACUUGGCACCCAGCUCAGGAUCCAGCAGCAGUGGCUCCUAUGCCUCUGCACCAUCCAGCUCCUACUCGGCUCCCAGUCCCGCAGCCAGCAGCGGAGGACCCUAUCCUUCAGCCCCCUCAAGUUCAUAUGGAGCACCCAGCUCCGGGCCGUCGAGUUCUUACUCUGCACCCAGCCCUGGAGCUAACAGCGGUGGCUCCUACCCAGCUGCUCCCUCUAGCUCAUAUGGCGCACCCGCUUCAGCUCCUUCCAGCUCCUACUCUGCACCCAGUCCUAGUGCGAACAGUGGUGGACCCUACCCUUCAGCUCCGUCUUCUUCGUAUGGUGCACCGAAACAGGCUCCUUCAAGCUCCUACUCAGCACCUAGUCCAGGAUCGAACAGUGGUGGACCUUAUCCCUCAGCGCCUUCCAGCUCAUAUGGAGCCCCCAGCAGCCGCCCGUCCAGCUCCUACUCUGCUCCUAGCCCAAGCGCAAACAGUGGAGGACCCUAUCCAUCAGCUCCUUCCAGCUCGUAUGGAGCUCCCAGCUCCAGCCCAUCCAGCUCCUACUCGGCACCGAGCCCAAGUGCCAACAGCGGAGGAUCCUACCCAUCAGCUCCGUCCAGCUCAUAUGGAGCGCCCAGCAGUGGCCCGUCUAGCUCCUACUCGGCUCCUAGUCUAAGUGCCAACAGCGGAGGACCCUAUCCAUCAGCUCCAUCCAGCUCGUAUGGUGCUCCCAGUUCCGGACCCUCAAGCUCUUACUCUGCACCCAGCCCAGGUGCCAACAGUGGUGGUUCCUAUCCAGCGGCUCCCUCUAGCUCAUAUGGAGCGCCGGCUUCAGCUCCAUCCAGCUCAUAUUCGGCCCCAAGUGCAGGCGGAGGUCCCUAUCCUGCCGCGCCCUCUAGCUCCUAUGGUGCACCAUCGAGCUCCCAAUCGGCGGGCAGCUUCAGUUCUCAUGGCGGCUCAUCGUUCUCCUCGUCAUCUUCUUCUUCCAGCAGCAGCAGCAGCAGCAGCAGCAGCGGUAGCUACUCGACAGGUCCCUCGUCCUCCUAUAACGCACCUACAGCACCCUCGAGCAGCUACGGCGCACCCAAUGGCGACAGCAUUCCCAGUGGACCCUCGCAUGACUCAGGCUACUCCUACUCAGCGCCCAGCCAAGUCCCGGAUACCAUCCAGCAGGGCUACAGCUCCAAUGGUGGCUAUACCUACCGCAAGUAG